CGUCUGAGCCCGCCCCGUGGGUCGCCAAGGUGCGUUUCCAGGCUGACGCGGUCGCCUGGGGCAGAGCGAGUCGGACGCGCAGCCUGCAGUGCUGACUGGUGCUUUUUAUUUACUAGGAAACACUGUCUCCCCGCGGGAGAGUCCGGGAACGCGCAGGCAUACACACACAUACACACACACACACACACACACACACACACACGCCUUAGGGCGCUCAUUCUUCACAACUGCAUCCCCAAACUGGCAGAGCGAAGCUACUGCGGUUUCUCUUAACCUCAGCAUCGUGGGGCGAAGCAAAGCCAUUGUGCAUCAGGGAGAGCCCGGUGCCUGCGCUACCGCCUCGGGUACCUACCCCAGCAGACCGCUCACCCCAUCGGCUGGAAUGCUUGCUGACUCCUGUGCAAACUUCUAAGGCCAAGACCCUGAGGAACCCAGCUGGAGAAUGCCGUCUGAACGCUGCCUCAGUAUUCAAGAAAUGCUGACAGGCCAGAGGCUCUGCCACUCUGAAUCGCACAACCAUAGUGUCCUGGCAGCGCUGAAUCAGCAGAGAAGUGAUGGCAUCCUCUGCGAUGUCACCCUGAUUGCCGAGGAACAGAAAUUCCAUGCUCACAAGGCAGUCCUAGCAGCAUGCAGCGACUAUUUCCGGGCAAUGUUCAGUCUUUGUAUGGUGGAAAGUGGAGCCGAUGAAGUGAAUUUACACGGUGUGACCAGCCUUGGUUUAAAGCAGGCUCUGGAGUUUGCAUACACAGGACAGAUUUUGUUGGAGCCAGGCGUGAUCCAGGAUGUGUUAGCUGCUGGCAGUCACCUACAGCUGUUGGAGCUUCUCAAUUUAUGUUCCCACUAUCUCAUCCAGGAACUAAAUAGCUUUAAUUACUUGGAUCUGUACAGACUUGCUGACCUCUUUAACCUCACUUUGUUGGAGAAGGCCGUGAUCGAUUUCUUAGUGAAGCAUCUCUCUGAACUACUGAAGAGUCGCCCUGAAGACGUUCUAACACUUCCUUAUUGUCUGCUUCAGGAGGUCCUCAAGAGCGACCGCCUCACUUCCCUGAGUGAAGAGCAGAUCUGGCAGCUAGCUGUGAGGUGGUUGGAACACAACUGCCAUUACCAGUACAUGGAUGAGCUCCUGCAGUACAUCCGCUUUGGCCUCAUGGAUGUGGAUACUCUCCAUACAGUUGCCUUGUCCCACCCCCUGGUCCAAGCAAGUGAGACUGCAACAGCCCUUGUCAACGAGGCCCUGGAAUAUCACCAGAGUAUCUAUGCACAGCCUGUCUGGCAGACUGGUAGGACCAAACCACGGUUCCAGUCAGACACUCUAUACAUCAUUGGUGGGAAGAAGCGUGAGAUCUGUAAAGUCAAGGAACUUCGGUACUUCAAUCCUGUUGAUCAGGAGAAUGCUCUCAUAGCCACUGUUGCCAACUGGAGUGAGCUAGCUCCCAUGCCUGUGGGAAGGAGCCACCAUUGUGUGGCAGUCAUGGGAGACUUUUUGUUUGUAGCAGGAGGGGAGGUUGAGCAUGCCAGUGGCCGGACGUGUGCCGUGAGGACUGCCUGUCGGUAUGAUCCCCGCAGUAAUUCCUGGGCAGAGAUAGCACCCAUGAAAAAUUGCCGGGAGCAUUUUGUGCUCGGUGCCAUGGAUAAGUACCUCUACGCGGUUGGGGGCAGGAAUGAACUGCGCCAGGUUCUGCCUACAGUUGAGCGAUAUUGCCCCAAGAAGAACAAAUGGAUGUUUGUGCAAUCCUUUGACCGAUCCCUUUCAUGUCACGCUGGAUACGUGGCUGACGGUCUUCUUUGGAUAUCAGGUGGAGUAACUAACACGGCACAGUAUCAGAACAGACUAAUGGUAUAUGAACCUAACCAGAAUAAGUGGAUAAGCCGCAGCCCUAUGCUGCAGAGAAGGGUCUACCAUUCCAUGGCUGCUGUCCAAAGGAAGCUUUAUGUUCUUGGAGGCAAUGAUCUAGACUACAAUAAUGACCGGAUCCUUGUGCGGCAUAUAGAUUCUUAUAACAUAGACACUGACCAGUGGACACGCUGUAAUUUCAACUUGUUGACCGGCCAAAAUGAAUCUGGCAUUGCUGUCCAUAAUGGAAGAAUAUAUUUAGUUGGAGGCUAUUCGAUUUGGACAAAUGAGCCUCUGGCUUGUAUCCAGGUACUGGAUGUAAGUAGGGAAGGCAAAGAAGAAGUAUUCUAUGGGCCUACACUUCCCUUUGCUUCCAAUGGCAUAGCAGCCUGCUUCCUUCCAGCUCCGUAUUUCACAUGCCCUAACCUUCAAACUCUUCAAGUGCCUCAUCACAGGAUUGGCACCAUCUGAAAAGCCAAUACUCUAACAUUCAUCAUGAACAGGAGCAAAAACAAGGCUUGAGUCUAGUUACUGGACAUGAAAAGACCCAGUGUUCAAUGCUUCCUUAUUUUAUAGGUCUUAUACUCAGAUAAACAUGAGCAAAAAAUGAACAAUUUUCUAAAAUGUGUUAUUGAAAACGCCUGUCACCCUUCUCAGUGUAUGUCAACAUAAAAUAUGUAUGAUUUUAUUAUGGUGUAGCUUAGUGCCAACUUAAUGAUUCAUUAUUGUUCCAUGGGUCUUUAGAGCAUUCUUUGUAAACUUUUUCUAAUCAGUGCUGUCUAGGAUAAAGUGAUACUGUUCCUAAGGCAAUUUAUUUCACACUAAUAGCAUCAAUGAUCUUAAAAAACAACAACAACAACAAAACUUCAGUACUUAAUCCCUUCACUCCUUAAACCCAGGUUCAUAAUUUUUCUUUUUAAAAUUUAACAUUCUUCAUACCUACUCAGUAGAAACUUAGCAUUAUGGCAUAGUAAAUUUUUAAAUGCCAUAUUUUAUUCAAGGUGAUACAAAUAAUGGAAGUACACUAGAACAGCAGUUGGAAUACCCAGAUGUUUCUUUUGCCUUGGUUAUUUAUUCUGUGACCUUGGGCCAGAAGCUUAACUUUACAAGUUUUCUCACUGUUUAAGGAGGAUAAUUACUGAUUCCCAUCUUAAUUCAAAAGAAUGUUCUGAGAAUUAGGCAAAUGCUUUCAAGUACUUCACCUAAGAAAAAAAUUCAACUCAAAUUACAAAGUAUUUUACUGUCUUUGCAACCUUAUAAAUGAACAUGGAGGUUAGUUUUGAAUUUUAGAAAUUAUUAGGUAGAACUUGGAAAACAUGCUAUGGGAUAAAUGAUUCUGAAAAGUGUAUGAAAGAGACACACUAAAUAGGAAAAAGAGCAUUUACCAAAGCCAAUAAUCUCUAAACUUGUACAAAUCCUUGCCUCGAGUAACAACUCUCAAAUGUCUUACUUAAACACAUUUAGUGAAAAAAGACAUUUUAAAUCUCAGAAAAUUAGUUUGUACUAAUUAUGGUACAAUAAAGUACUUUGACAUACAUUUAACCUAGCAUUGGCAGUUCUAAUAAAUUUUUCCACUUUGUUAAAGGUUAUGUCAAUCUUCAGCGCUUGUGGGAUUCUUCUCCACCACCAAUACAUAUUUUAUUAUGACCACUUUUAAUAAUGCAUACAAAUUCUUUUUCAGGCUGGGUUUUCAGAUUUGCUUUGUCUACAACAAAAAAACAAAACUCAGUGAUCACAUCUGAACAUAAAUUCAGCAAGUAUAAUGUGAGUUUUUCUUUUUUCCUAAAUUUUGUCAAGAUCUAAGUCAUUUUCAUUAAAAGAAAAACGACUCUUUUUUUUCCCUUGCCAUAGUUUAAUUAUCCAGCAAUCCUUAUCUUUUAUAGGAAACUGUCAUUUUAUUCAUGUAACCAUUUUCAGUAAUCAAAAGUGACUGAAAAAACAAGUAUCUUUUUAUCCUAAAUACAAAAGUCACUAAGUUCAUACAUUGUUGUGUUAUAGGAUACCUAAAACAUUAAUUUUUAAGUAUAUGUAACUUCUGGUUAUUCAGAUUAAAGGGGGAGACGGGAAACUGAGGGUAAGGAAAAAAGCAAAAUUAAAAAGAACAGGAAUUUAGUUUAAACAAAAAACUUCAAAGUAUUUGAACAGCUCAGAACAAUGAAAAUUGAUAUUGGUAGUGGAUAUUUAGAAUGAUAAUAAGAGAACCUCUUUAAAAGGUGUAAACCAUCUAAACUAAAUUUUAAAAAUGCCUUACCAAAUCAGGAAAAAGGACCCCAGCACUUCAGAAAUCUUUUCAACAAGGACCUAAGCAAGAAGUAUUUCAGGUUUACUAACAUUUCAACCUACCAUAUAAGUUUUCUCUCUAGCUGUUUUAUCUUAUCAUUUGUAUUCCCAGACUUCAUGUCCCGUACAUGAAAGAGAGAUGGCCUAAAAAUAAGCCUGCCUGACUGAUAAAGAGUGUGUAAGACUACUCUUGAUUAUUUCUGUAUCCAUUUCCAACUACUCAUAUAAUACAAAUCAGCAUAUAUUUUUAAAUCCUUCUUAGCAAUCUUUAUAAUGUAUUAUUCAUUGUAUUACAGAACAAAAUUGAGAAUUUUGUAAAGUUUUGCACAAUUUUGAGACCUCCUUUACAGCUAUACCGAAACAGCAGCAUAAAAGUACAACAUUCCUUCCUUAAAAACAAAAACUCAAAUACUUUCCCGCAAAUUAUCAACAAGAGAAAAUGAGAAAAAUCUAGAAAACUUUUUAAUAUAAGCCAAAUUCUAUUGAAACUAUUCAAAUAUAUAUUUCCCAUUUAAGUGAGCUACCCUAUAGUAAUUCAUCUUCUAUUUUUACUCUUCAAAAUUAAAGGUCAUUCUGUUGGUAUUUAAAUUAUUAGAUUGCUUUGAAUUUCCAUGUGAAGAGCAUAAGACUUCCAAACAUUUAAACAUCACUUCAUGAUUUUAUUUUAUAAAAAAGAAAACAAAAAGCAGCAUCACAUAGAUAUUAGUAGAGUGAGUAUUCUUAUGUGGGAGGAAAAGCCAGCAAAGACAUGACUCUCAAAUGAUCUGUAAGUAAAAUGCAAUAUAAUUCCUUAGACCCUUAAUAACAAAAUGCCAGUUGGAUUAUGAUUAUGGUACUUCUUAUACUUUUCAUAUUUUCUUCACAGUUUAACCCCAUGUAGAUCAUAUCCCCUUCAGCAAUAACUGAAAAACUAUUGUUUUAGCACGGAGUAUAAAAACAAUAGGAAUAAAAUACAAAUUGUUCCUUCAGGUAACAUGGUUCAUUUUUAUUUUGGCUUUCAAAUAGUCAAUCUGUCAAAGAAAGGAAGUUAAAUAAUCACUAGGUCACAGGCACAGUACAGGUUAAAUAUAAAUAUUUCUAAUUUUAUACAUAAACACGUGUGUCUGUAUAUAUAUAUAUACAUAUACACACAUAUACAUCUUUAUUAUAUGCUCAAAUAACUUAUAAACAUUAAGAAUGCCCAGAAUUUUUCUAAAAGCACAAUUUACAAAUGCAAUAAAAUGGGUAACUUAUCUAUACAACCACAAACUUUAAUUAGCAGAAAUUGGUCAAUUGCCAUCUUUUGGUACUGACUCCUUACCUUACUGUGCAGGUAUCACAGAAUCAAAAUACGAAUCUCAUACCCUAUUAGAUAUGUGAAAGAAUAUGCUAUUUUGCUAGCUUCUCAAAACAAUUGUUUUAACCAACCAAAGCAUGUUUAUUUACAUUUGCAUACUACAUUUCUUGAUUGACAAGAUAAUAUUUUUAAUCCUAACAGGAACAGGCAAGGGAUCAGUUUUUGGAAAAUGUAAGGUUUAUGUAAAACAGCCUGUCAAUCAAGCAGCAGUGAUUUAGUACAGAUGAUACAAUUUUUGGUGAGGUUUCUAUGAUAUCU